UACAAUACGACCUUGUUGUGAGAGAAGAUUUCGACAUGUUUCCUGUUCAAAAACGACAGGAAACGGACGAUCAACAAACGAGAAUAUUAAGAUGCGUUUCAGUUUUUCUCUUUACGUUGCGUUGUAAUUUAGAUUAAGCAAGGUUGAUGAUACGGCAAGAUUACGUCCGGGUUUGGAUGUGGUUCGAGCUUCGAAGUUUUUCGGCGUUUACGUUGAAGAUAAUGUGUAAUUGGUAUCUUUGCCCCUGUCUUCUUUCAACGUUCUUUCAAUGAAUCUUCCACGUCCCGGAGAAAAACAUGCUCAACAAAUACAGGAUUGGGAACCGAUCAACGAAAGAAUAGGCCUGUUACAAUUGUGCCCUUAUUUGGAAAACUAUUUGAAAUUUUACUUGUGGAUUACUUUGAGGGUACAGUAAAAUGGAGUGAGAGUGGUCCGACAGAGUGUCAUUCAUUUGUCACUGUAUGACAUAUAUGCAGGUACAACUGGCAACAAUGUAAGCUCGAUGCUGGACGUGGCAGUUACAUUUUCUUGAGAUUAGUUCACGUUGGUUACUUGGUUACUACUCGACCAUAAUAUUUUGCCCGUUUCCAAAGUUACGGUACUUCUGAUGGUGGAGAAAAAACAAAGUUCAAUCAUUCUAUUAGCUUUAAUUGGAUUCGUUUUGGGGGAUGUCGGCUACCUCCCGCCGCGAGUGCCUGGGGCUGGUGGAGUAGGUUUCGGAGGCGGAUACAGUGGUUACUCGGGCGGCGGACCCCAAAUACCAAUUAUAAGGUAUGUCAACAAUAACCCUGGAGAUGGUACCUACAAUUACCUCUACGAAACGGGCAACGGAAUAAACGCCGACGAAACUGGUGACGCUCGUGGUGAUGGCACCAAAGCUCGGGGUUCUUUUUCCUACACAGCACCCGACGGACAAAGGAUAAGUCUGCAGUAUACUGCCGACGAGAACGGUUUCAGGCCGAGCGGAGCUCACCUGCCGACUCCUCCACCCAUUCCUGAGGCUAUUCUAAGAUCGAUAGAAUACAACAGAGCGCAUCCCGGAGACGACGGGCAGUAUAGACCUGGCUCCGACGAAGGAAGUUUCGGAGGUUACCGAUAUUGAUCCUUUAGGGAGUGUUCUUUUAGCAAAAAUGCCAGUACGACGAUAAUUCUAAAUAAUUUUUAUGUGUUAUAAUGUAUGUAUUUAUUUUUUGCACUGCCUGUACAA